AUGGAUAGUAUUUGUAAUUCAGGUGUUAGUCUAAUACUUAAUCCAGAUAUUGCAAAUGUUAUCAAUGAUAAUCAACAUCAACAUGAUUUAUCUACAUGUGAAGAAGAAUUUGAAAAUCAAGAAGAAAUUGAACAAAUGCUAGUCAAUGCAUUUGAUAGUCAAUCAUUAACAAAUACAGAUAAUGAUGAACAUAUUUUUGAUGAGGACGACGACGACGAUGAUGGUGAUGAUCAUGAACAAAAGCAAAUAUCAAUUGCAAAUCCAGUAAUAGAAGAUCAUAGUAUUCUUCUACAAGAAAAUGAAAAUUUACGUCAUCGUUUAGCUGAAUAUGCAACAAACGAAGAAAUUUAUCAAAAGAAUGCCUUAGAACAUGAACGUCAAAUGAAUGAAUUAAAUGAAAAUUAUGAACAAAAACUUUUUACACUUCGUCUUGAUUAUGAAACGAAAAUUGAACAAUUAACAAGUAAAACAAGUGAACAGCAAAUUGAAAUGUUGACACUAAAACAAAUGUAUGAAACUAUAUUUGAUGAAAAAUGUCAUGUUGAUGAACAAUUAAAUGAUAUUCGAUUAAAUGAACAAAAUCUUCAAGAAAAAUUCAAUAAAAUACAACUAGAAUACGAUCAACUAUUAAAAUUAAAUAGAAAACCAUUAAUGAUUAACAUUGUUACUCAAACCGAAAAUGAUACUGAAGCUCAACAACAAAAUCUUGAAUUAGUUGAUGAAGUCACACGAUUAUCAGAUCAAUUAAAAUUAUUACAAAAUCAAUAUAAUGAACGUGAACAAUUCUAUUCAACUGAAAAGAUUCAAUAUGAAAAAACUAUUAAAGAAAUUUCUAAACAACCAACUAUGACUUCUAUUCAACUACAAACAGAUUUUAUUGAUGAUGAUAGAAAAAGUAAACAGUUACAGAAUGAAGUUGAUGAUUAUAAAUUAAAAUUAAAUAGUAAACAAAUUGAAAUCAAUAGUUUAAAAUUUGAUUAUGAUAAUUUAAAACAUGAAAUGAAUGAUCGUUUAUCAUUAUUAACAAAAAAUCUAUCUACGGAACAAUUAGAUAGAGUUAUAUCUGAACGUGAUCAAUAUUUAAAUGAAUUAAAUAAAUUUAAAAAUGAAUUACCAGAAUUAAAACAACAAAUGAUUGAUAGUUUUCAAACGAAAGUUUUAACAUUUAAAGAACAAGUUAAAAAAUCUUUAAAUGACAAAGAAAAUGAUUAUAGAAAAAAAAUUCAUGAAAUGGAAAAUGAAUAUAUUUAUCAAUAUGAACAAGUUCUGGAGAAAAAUAAACAAGCUGUUCGAGCAUUAAUUGCAUCGAAACAAGAAGAACAUAAUAUUGAAAAAAAUAAAAUGAUAUCAGAAUAUGAAGAAAAAUUGAAAACAUCUCAGAAACAACAAUUAACCGACGAUGAACGACGUAUAUUUGAACAAAAAAUCGAUGAAUUAACUCGUGCUAAUGGUAAAUGUAGUCAGUAUAUAGCAAGACGUGAACAAGAGCAUCGUCAACGUGAAAGUACAGGUUUUACUCUUCAGCAACUCGAUGAAAUCAGACGAAAAUAUAACGAUGAAAUUCAUCGAUUAUAUGAUCAAAUCGCCAAACAAAACGAGCAACAAAUAAAAUUAAUUGAUGAACAUCAAAAACAAAUUGAACAGACAAAAACUACAUAUGAUCAACGAUAUCGUAUACUUUUAGAUGAAUGGAAAGCAUAUAAUGAUGAUUUACAUUUAAAUAAUACAAAACUUAAAACGAAAUUAAAAGAAUAUGAGAAAAUUAUCGUACAAUUACGUUAUCAUAUGAUAAAUUUGCAAAUUGAAUAUUUGCAAAAUGGUGGAAAUUCAAAUAAAAUACUUUCAAUACCAAAUGAAAUUAAAUAA